GUCACCAAACUUGACAUUUCACAAAAAUAAAACAUUAAAACGUUUAUAAUUUGUUAUAUACAGUAAUGCACUUUCAUGCGUCGUAUGUGUAUCUUAUGUAUAAAGUGAAAGAAAAAUAUUGUAAUAUGCUAUAGAAAGUGGUAUUAUCAAAAUGGCAGAGAAAACAACAGUGGGAGGUAUUCCAAUUGAAUGUUUAACUGGUGAAUCUGCAGCCAUUUGGUCUGGUUGGCGUACAUUAGGAGACAGAGAAGUUGUUAGAGAAGCAUCUGUUAAAGGCACUCAUAUUAAUCUUGCUUAUAAAUAUAUAGCUUACAGAAGAAGAUGUUCUAUUGAAGAAGCUCAGCAUUAUUUUAACAAAGAAGUAGAAAUAUGGAUUACAGAACUUCUGAAAAGAUACCAAAUUUAUAGAGCUUCACGAAUUCUAGAUAAUAUGAAUAAGAAUCCAGUGGAAUAUAUAUUUGAUGUCUGUAUAAACUGUAAGGAUUUUAUAUUAAGGAAUUAUUUAUCAGAAUUCUUAAUAAGUGCUGCACACUUUGAAGAUAAAUAUAUAAAUUCAUGGAACAUAAUAAAAAAUAUUGUAAAAUUUGAACAAAAAUAUAUGAUUGAAGAUGGCUUAAGCUCUUCUUUAUGUAUAGCAGAUAUUAUAAGAUUACCAGAAAUAGUAAAACAAGCAUUAUGCACCGAAUUAUAUUUUUCUACAACUGAUCAAUCUCUUUCAAUAAACAUAACUAAUAAUAUACUAUGGAAUUAUUUGCUAUCAAAUAAUAAUAUUGUAUUAAUCAAAUUUUGGAUUGAUAUUUAUUAUGGAAGUAAUACAACCGAAGAAUUAAAUGAAAUUAAUGAAGAAUACAAAUCUUUGUUUAAUACUUUGGAUAUAGUGCCAAGUAUGAUUGAAGCUAUUGAUUCUUCAAAUGCCAGUCCUCUUAUAAAAGAUUUAACUAAAAAUCAUCUAUGUAGGUAUGGCAUAUUUAUAGAGAAAGAACAAAAAGAUAUAAAACUAUUAUUAUCGCGAAUUUUUGGUAGUGCAAUAACAAUAUCAGAAUUGAACACAAUAUUAUCACAUGAAUCUUGCAAUAUUAAUAAAACUGAAUGUAUGAAAAUAAUUGAUAAAGAAUUGUGUCUUGCGCAUUGCUUAUAUCAAACAAAUACUCAAGAAAAUAAAACUAAAAUCACUGAAUUAUAUGAUGCAUUAACAAAAAUGUGUGAAAGUCAAGAACAGCUUCAAGAUGCAUUAAUGGAAGGGAUUUUUAAAACAAUUUCUUAUCUUUCUGAUGAUGUUACUAAAUAUUUGGAGCAGAAUUAUUUAAUAGUUUUUGUACUAAUAUUUUCACAUUUGUUUAAAGAAAAUAUGGUAUAUAAUCAGAAUAAAAAUACAAUAAUAAAACAAAAUGUACUAAGAGAUAUAUUUACAAGUGAAAAUGACCUGCAAUUAUGUGGCAAUAGUAUACCAAAUAAAGUUCUCCAGAAUAUAUUAAAAUAUGUACCAAUACUUGAAUCCAUUAUAGAAAAAAGAACAAAGAAGGAAGCUACAAUGUACGAAUUAUUAGAUGGUUACAAAAAUUUGAAUGUAAAGCAGUUAUAUAAAUGGCGUUUUAAUAAUGAACCUAUGCCUCAUUUUUCUAAUGAAGCUCUUAAUAAGAAAUAUGGACAUAUAGAAGCAUUAACAUACGAAUACUAUUUAAAAGAAGCUCGUCCUAAUAUGGCCAUAUUUAGCUUAAAAUUGUUUGAAGGAAAAUUAGUUGAAAAUGUUUCUUCUAGAAGGAAACGUAAAGCAGCUCUGUUUGCGCAUAUUUUCGCAUUACGAAAUUUAGAUAAACCAGAAAUAUUACGUACAUGUAUUUCUUUCAUUGAAAUGUUAGGUAUUGAUUCAGAAAAUUUGAGACUUUAUAUAACUGUAGCAAAUUACAUUGAUAAAGAAAUCGAUAUUUCUAUCGGAAAUUUAUUAGAAAAUAUAAUGUAUAGAAAUGAGGAUGAUUUGAAAAUUAUAAUGUUUCAUUUUGAAAGUAAUUUCCAAAAAAACUUUUCUAAUAAUUUAAUUGAAGAUAGUCAGCAAUUUGUAAAUGUAUUACAAACAUGGGAUGUUAUUGUACGAUUUGCAGGAGCACAUAAUUUUCCUUCACCAAUCAGUUUAUUAAAAUUGUUAGCAAGUCAGAAUUACUGGUUUGAAUUUAUAUUAGUUUGUCACAUCUUUAAUUAUCCUUUGAAUCAGAUAUUGGAAAACAUAACAUAUUUUGAUGACACAAUUCUCAGGGAACAUUUGUUAACUUGUUUGUGUAAUAUCCAACUUACGAAAUCUCAAUUAGCUGUCUGUAAUGAACAAAAAAUAAAGUCACGAGAUGUUAGACAAUCACUAUAUUACAAAAUUGGUGUUCAACAAAGUGGAUUGCAUACUUUGGAUUCUUCAGUAUCAGCAGAUUCAGUGAGCACUUCUGAUUUUCAUAGCUCGUGUGAAUACAUUAUAAAUGAUAACAUUUGUUUGCCAGAUGAUGAUUUAUGGCUAAUUAUUCUAAAAUGUCAUCAAAGUCCAGACCCACCUGGUGCUUUAAUAAAUUCAUCCCGGUUAACCUUAAGACCUUUUCUCACAGUCCUAGCAUCCUGUUAUGAGCCUUCUUCAGUUGCAGCAUAUUGUUAUUCAUGGAUGGUGAUAUCUACCUCAGAUGAAAAAAUGCUUUCUAAUUAUAAAGAAAAUUUGGAACAACAAGUAUGGACAGCAAAUCAAGUCUCUAACUUAUUAGAGCAGAUGGUAACCUGUGGAUAUAUUAAUAUUGUUAAUAAAGCUUACAAGAUUUUUAUGCCUGAAAAUCUCUUUAAUUCAUUUUUUGAAUUUCUUGUACAAUGUGUAAAUUAUGGCGAUUACAAUGUUUACCAACAAAAUUUAUUGCAUUUUAAAGUAUGCUGCAUAGACCUUAAAUGUAAUAAAACUAUGGAUUGGAAUUGUUCAGAUUCUACAUAUUUAAAUAAUUUAUACUGGAUUGCAGUUGUUGCAGUUAAAUGCAUUAUUGCAACACUAACUCAUGGUCUAAGAAGUACACAUUUGCAGAUAAAAUUCCUUGAAAUUUUAAUCACAUGUAAUUUUCACAUGAAUUUUCCAGUUUUGGUUCCAAAUUUCCAGUUGUUUUUACAAAUUAUAAAAAUUCUACAAAAAACCAAUGUUACAUUCAAUUUUGCAGCAUUCUCUGUAUUGGAUAAUAUAUAUAAUUUUGAUACAGAAAUUCGUAGAUGUAUUGAUGAUUUACUGAAAAUUGAAAAUUAUACUAAUGCCUUAGAAUUAUCAGAUGUGGCAGAAUUAAAUCCUUCUGAGAUAAUAUUAGCCCAGUAUCAAAGUAAAUUCAAUUAUAUGUAUAAAAAUGACAAAAUUGAAGAUAAUUUUUGGAAUGAAUGUGCAUUAAAUUUUAAAAAGUGUAAUGUAUCAUAUGAAAAGGCAGUAGAAUUUUUUGUUGAAUGUGCUGAAAAAGUUACUUCUCACAAGGAAAGAUAUGAAAUAUUAAAGCUAGCUUUUGAAAAUUUAAAAAAUAUUGAGACAGAACAACAAAAUAUUAAUACGCUAGAAACGGCAAUGUGGAAAUCGUGUAUAUUAGCGGGUCCCGAAAAUGUACAGUUAGAUAGUGGACCUUAUAUUUUUAAUAAAUUAAAAACAGAACUAUUAUCGGAAUUAAACGAAUUAAAAUUUGUUUAUACAUUGAAUAACAUGCAGGAGAAAAAUGCUGCUGAAAAUUUAAUUAAUAUAUUAAUUGAUUUAGGUAAAUUGGAUACUGCAUUAAGAAUAAGUAGAAUUUUUAAUUGCAAACAUAAGGAUUUACAAAUUCUUAUGUUAUGCUUGAGUUUAGCAGAAGGGGAAAUUUCACCAAAUGACUUAACUAUUGAACAAGAAAAUCUUCUGAAAGAAGAAAAUAAGAAUAAACAGCAAAGAUAUAAUGCAUUAAAGAAUCGUGGUUUACAAAGAUUGUCUUCAUGCUCCUCGAUAACCACUUCAAUCAGUAUAAGUGAAAUAAGUAAAGUAAAAGAUGAAAAUAUUCAUAAAGUACAAAUGGAGUGUUUAUUAAUUUUACAAAAAUUACUUGACACUUUGGAACAUGGAUUAGACAUAUGUCUCAGAAUUGUCUUAUGUUAUAAAUUAGCAAUGCAAUUGGGAAAACGUUAUGAGUUACUGCUAACAUUAAAUAAUCCAAUUCAGUUUUUACAAGAAAUUGCAGAACGUGAUAUUAAAAAUAAAUCUGAAGUUAUUAAUGAUAUAAUUAUAGCAUACAAAAUAAAUAAUGACGCUAUGGCUACAUUUUUGGCUGAAAAUAUUACGCUAAAUAUUACCCGCGUUGUAGAAGAUGAAUAUGAAAAUAAUGUUUACUUAUGGGGAUAUUGUUUAAAUACAAAUUUUCGUAUUAUUAUGGAAUUAUGCAAUGAUGUUUCACUCCUUGGUUGGAAACUCUUAAAAACAGCAAAUAAAUUGCUUGGACAUGGUGACAAAACAGAUGCAUUGAAUUUAAAGACAAUUGUAGAAUUAUUAAUACGAGCUCAUGACUGUUUUACAACUUCCUGUAAUAUGAAAGGAAUAGCAUCAGUAUUAUAUAAAUGUCAAAAUUUCGCAGAUAUUUUGCAGAAUCUUAAGUAUUGGACAUUAUUGGUACGUCUUGUAACAGGUGUUGGUCGUUUUACAGAAAUGAAUUAUAUAUUUCAUAUUUUAAAAGAAAAUGACCAAUUCGAAUUUUUACUUGGAAAGGGAUUAAAUAAGGUAAAUGGUUUAAAAACAGCACUUUUGGAAUUUUUGAAACGUCAUUGCCCUGAAAAUAAAGAGCUUUUUACUCUAGUAGCUUUACAUUUUCAAUUAUAUCAUGAACUAGCACUUAUGUGGGAAAAUGAAGCAAAAAAUAUAAUUAAAGCAAUAAUAUUAGAUGCUAUAAAAGCUCAUAAAUUACAAAAUUCUGUACAACAUGAAAUAAAAUUCAUUAAAACUGAAAAUAUUCAGAAACAAUUACACUUAACUGUAACUAAUUAUACUCAUGCAACAGAAUAUUAUUUACAGGCUAAUAAAUUAAAUCUUGCUAGUCAAUGUUCUGAUCAAGUACAAUUAGUUGAUCUUCAACUUUCACUUCUUAAUACAGUGUCUUAUAAUCAAGAAGCAAUUUGUAUUCUUAAUUUAAAACCUGAAGAUAUUGAUAAAGUAUUAUGUCAUAAUUUAAGCUUCUCUCAAGCUUUUAUUGUGGUACAUGCUUAUAAUCAUCAUGUGGAUUGGGCUAAUCUGAUUUAUAAUCACUGCAUAUUAAAUGGAGAAACAAAAUAUUUGAAAGAUUUUAUAACUGUAAAUAAGAUUACACCUGGUCUGGUACAAGAUUGUGCACGCAGAUAUAGAUUAGAAAAAAACAUUACUCAUACUAUGUCAGACAACAUGAGAAUAUUAAUUUCUGAACUAUCAGAUGUAGAAUGUAAAUAUAUACUAGCUAGUCAGUUGGGAUUUAAAAAUAUUGUAGAAACAAUGCUCUGUAAUCCUAUGAUAAAUGCAUACCUUAAAGAUAUUGUAUGGAAAAGAAGAAUAUAA